CUCAUGCAUACGAGUGAGCAACACUGGUUCCAAAAUGGACGAUGCCAUGAGAUGCUAUUUGUGGUACGUAAUAAAGUUAUACUUUACGGUGUAUUGAUUUUGACGGUUUUAGGGGAAGUUGAUCCGUUGUUUUCAUUUGUUGAUGUGCAUGUGUUCUCAUUGAUAAAUUACGAUACCGUGGAGAACGUGCUUCGUUGCGUAUAGUUUUCGGUUGUGCAAGCGUGAGGGUGGAGCUGCGUCACGAAUGGAAGUUCUGGUUUUCAGGCUUCGUCGUUACGCUUUGAUAUCUCUUAUCGUAUGAACGUGCCGAGAACAUGUCAGACGCUGAGGGAGAACCGUCUGUACCUCCAACGUUGGAAGUAGAAGAGAAUGCGAAAGCAAAGCCUCCACCAAAGAAGCGGCGCACCGAUCCUGUGGAAGCUACCGAAGAUUCUUCGGGGGAAGGCGUCAAAAAACCCCGUGCGAAGAGAAAGCAUCGUAAGUUAACGUACGCUAUGUCUCCGAUGUCGACUGCGGAAUUAAUAUUGGAAGCUUUGGGAACCUUGCCUGACGAACAUGGUGUGUCCGUUUCCGCACUGAAACACCACAUUUUGUUGAGUGGGGAAGUAGGCCCAACGAAAAUACAAUCAUUAAUGCGCCGUUCAAUUAAAAAGCUACUUGCAAACGGAGAGAUUGCUCGUCCUCAAGGAUUCCGUGGCUCCGAUUCCCAAGUUUUGGUUGGGUCAUACGUUCUCAAAUCGCGCGAAAAUCAGGUUUCUGUGAAAGCGCGACCUAUUGUAGGUUCCGGCGGUGAAGGAGAACCGGAUUAUGAAGAGAUCGACUUCAGUGACGAUGAUGAUAAACCCACUCGGAAACGUCGUCGAGUGAUGAAGAAACCGAAGGCUGUCACGGGCAAGAAGAAGGGAAGACCACCGAAGCUCGUCGAGCCGACGGAAGAUCCAUUGAGGCAAGUUCCGCCUAAAAAGCGGGCAUCGAAGGCUGCUGUUCCGGGGAAGCGUAAGCGGGGCCGACCGGCUACCAAGCGUCCAACGUCCGAUGAUGAAGCCUCUGAUUCAUUUUUGGAUGAUGACGAACGUCCGCAGUCAACGCGAGGCACCACCAGAUCUCCGAGAAAAACUUACACGGAGGAGUCGGACGAAGAUUAUGAUGAUGAAGUUGUUGAGAAGAUCAUUACACCUCGAAAAAUAAUUCAUAAGGUUGGGCAGAAAAAGCCGGGGAGACCCAAGAAAUCGGAAGUGGCCAGCGACAAACCGGCCGUGCCAAAAGUUCCAGGGAAACGCGGUCCGAAGCCGAAAGCCGCCUCUGCGGGAGUGGCUGCCGUCAAACAGGCCGAGACGGAAAACGGCCGCAAUGAAAACGCCGCUCGUGGCGCUCGGAGCGGGACUUUCUCCAAUAUGGUGGAUUUGUACUUGGGACUUGAUUUCAGCACGCAGCAAGCCAAGGCUGUCGUCAUCAAUCAAAAGUUUGAGCUGGUGUAUGAAAUCCUUGUUCCCUUCGACUCGGCUUUCCCAGAAUAUGGAACUCAGGGAGGCGUAAUUGUGAAAGGACCCGAAGUGAAAGCACCUUGCCAGAUGUGGCUAAAAGCACUUGACACCCUUAUUGAGAAACUUGCUGAAAUAGGACUCAAAUUUGAUUCGAUUCGUGGGAUUUCUGGAACUGCGCAACAACAUGGUACGGUGUAUUGGAAGAAAGGGGCAGAAGAUAAACUUGGGUCGAUGAAAUCUUCGUUGAAACUCCAUGAAGCAUUGGAUGAUGUGUUUUCUCUUGAAAAUUCACCGGUGUGGAUGGAUUCCUCCACUACGGAACAAUGCCGCGAGUUCACUGAGUUGAUUGGUUCCCGACAGAUCAAGAAAGUUUUUCAAACGAUGCCGGAAAUCUACGAAGAAACGGAGGUAAUAUUGAUCUUCUCUCGGAACCGUUCGCCUGUCAUCGUGAAUGUGCCUUUUCAGAGAAUCAGCAUGAUCAGCAGCUUCCUUGCGAGUGUUUUCCUCGGUCAUUAUGCACCAAUCGAUUUUAGCGAUGGGUCUGGGAUGAAUAUCCUGGAUAUCAGAAAAAAAGCUUGGUCGGAAGAUUGUUUGAAGGCUAGUUUUCUUACGUUUUAUAUCAUCGAAAGGCCGGGUGACGUUGCAGUGAGUUUGGGGACGAGUGAUGUUGUAUUCGCCUGGCUGGAAAACCCAAUGCCGAUCCUAGAUGGUGGGGUGUUCUGCAGUGCCGUUGACCCGAACGCAUAUCUUGGAUUUGUGUGCUUCAAGAAUGGUUCUUUCACGCGAGAAAGAUUCCGUGAUUCAUAUGCUGAUGGACUGUGGGAAACUUUCAGUCAAAUGCUGAGGAAGAGUCCGCGGGGCAAUGGCGGUUUAAUUGGUAUGUUUUGGGAUCAACCUGAGAUCGUGCCACCAAUGGCUAGAGGAGAUCAUAGAUUUAAUGAAAGAGACGAGCCUGUUGAAAAAUUUGAGUCUCCAGAACAGGAGAUCCGUGCCCUUGUGGAAGGUCAAUUCUUGGCGAAACGAAUUUACUUGGAGCGCAUGGGACUGGAUUUAGCAGUGGGUUUGAGGAUCAUUGCCACUGGUGGUGCAUCAAAUAAUGAAGAAGUACUGCAAGUACUGGCGGAUGUUUUUGAAUCUCCAACGUAUGUUGUGAAAGACGUGGCCUCAGGAAAUUCUGCAUGUCUUGGGUCUGCCUUCCGCGCGUGCUACACAGUAAGCUGCUCAUCAAAAUUGGAUGGACGAAAUGAAACAAGAAAGUAUCUAGACUUCGUUGAUGACCGUGUGCCUGUUCUGAAACUAGUUGCUGAGCCAAAUUCAGAUGCGGCUACAGUUUAUGGACCGUUGAUUGAAAGGCAAUUUUUUUUAUUCAUCAUGAUGAAGGCUGCGUUGGUAGUUAUACUCGCGUUUAUUCAAGGCAGCCUGUCCGCUGAAACGGAAGAGGCACCUGCCAGGCUUUUGAUCAGCAAGAAGAUUCUGAACAACUACCUUGUCGAAGGACGUGAUGUCGUCGUUCAGUACGCAUUGUUUAACAUAGGAAAGCAGCCGGCUGUGGAAGUUCGCAUGACGGAUGUGAAUUUCCCUACCGACGACUUCGAAAUCGUAGCCGGUCAUGUUACGGACGUGAAGUUUGACCGAGUCGGCCCAGGUUCUAAUGUAUCGUACGCAGUUGUCGUUCGCCCGAAAGCCAGCGGUUACUACAAUUUCACAGUUGCUCAAGUAACCUACUUGCCUUCUGAGGGUGCCGAGAACGUCCAAGUUGCUUUCAGCAGCAAGCCCGGAAUGAUUCCGAUCUACUCGUACAAGGACUUCGAUCGUCAUCAUUCUCCGCAUUUCCUGGACUGGGCUGUUUUCGCUGUUAUGUGCUUGCCGUCGAUUGUUAUUCCGUAUAUGUUGUGGUAUUCAUCCGCCUCGAAGAGACCGUCCGGGAUGGCGCCUACAACCACCAUCGAAACCGUAACCAUUGUUCGACCUUUGAAGGUGAUAGCCUUCAUCUGUGGCGUCAUAGUGAUGCUGUUACUCGUGCUGAGCCUGGCAUCAUCAGAAUGGCUAUUGGCGCAAGGUUGGAGACAAGGAUUAUUCAAACACUGUGUUUCCCCUGAUGCGAUUCACCCAUUGCCUUUUGGGUGGUUAUCCACGGAAGCUGGUUGCUUUCGGGUCCCCUUUCGAACGUAUAUUAUUGCCUGCUCCAUCAUGUUCAUAUUUGCCCUGCUGCUGGACGCUUUUGGCACAUUAUUGACUGGUUUGGGACUGUGGUCUCAAGAUAGUACCCGGAAAUACAAGUACUAUAAGAUCGCCUUGUAUGUCAUGACUGCUGCUUUGAUCUUGGUUCUGAUGGCGUUGGUACUGUACCCAAUUUGCUUUGGGAUCGAGAUGAGAUUCGGCAACCGGGAUUUAUGGGAGUUCGGCUGGGCAUAUGGAGUUGGCUGGGGUGCUUCCAUCUUUCUUUUUGGCGGAAUUGUGCUGCUGCUAGUAGACAAAGAAUCAGAAGAGAUAUACUACAAAGAGCGCACGAUCAUUCAGGAUAUUCCUGGAUCAGAAACCAUGUCAGCCACGAAGGAAUGAAUAGUUUCCCCGGAAUUUUUUGAGAAACCAAUGUGAGAACAGUGUCAGCAGGAACUUGACGAAGAGGGAGUGAUUUUGUAUCAGGUGAAAGGGAAAGAGCGAAGGCUGCCAUUUUUAUUUAGAUUCUCCGAAAGGAAAGGAUUUGAUUUGAUGCAGUAUUUGAAAGAACCACCUUUUUUGUGUAAGGACAAACUUGUAAAAUACGGCUUGAGUGAGGUCUGGGUUUUCAUUUCAGGGUUUUCUUCGCUAUCACUAAUUUUAUUUUACAUCUGCGGCGAGAUUUAUUUUAUAACUAAAUUUUCCUGGUUAUUUGUAAAAUACUUGUACUGUUCCUUCUGUUGAUACGCCACAAUUUUUCAUUUUUUUCACAUCCAAGAAGUAUUUAUUUCAAUUUUUGCUGUUUCAAUAUCAGUAAUUCAACGGACAAGACCAAACGUUGGCAGCUUACGACACCGAAAAUUAUGUUGUGAUAGUGGAAAAGCUGGCUUACUUUUAGAAAAGACUUGAUGUCUGCCUUAUCCGUCCUUAUUAGGGGAAAGUCCUCUGGGAAAAAAUCUACAAACUUAAUGUCUAGUCACUCUUUGAUGUCUUGUAGUGUGUUUCUGUGGAAAUUUUCUCAUGUAUCGUGUCUGGAAUCUGACCAUGGAAUCUCUUCUGCCUGGAACAAAGGAAGUGUGUGCUUGAGUUGAAGAAAGCUUUCAGUGACGUAAAUGAUGCAUUUUUAUGACGGAAAAAUUAGUGAAUGUGUAUCGGGAAGCUGGGAAGGGCAGGUAGUUCUUUUGUUUGUUUGUUUGAGGAAAAGCCGUCCUGAGUGGUGUACGUCGAAUCAGCUAGUGUUGUCUUCCGUUCGCGGUGCUAGUUUGUAGAAGGAAAAAUACUUAUUGUAAUUGACCAGAAGCAAUACAGAAGAUUGCAAUCUUAUCUCCUAUGUGA